CGCUCCCUCUCUCUCUCUCCGCGUUCUGUCUGCUUGCUGCCGCCACGUUUUGCUCCUUCCGAUCCUCCAUUACCGUGAGGAGAGGGAGAUCCAUGCUUCGUAGGGACGGAAGUUAACUCCAGUGCUGCGCUACUACUCUGAUUCUUCGAAGUGUUUGGCCGGAGAUCCCGAUGGGGUCGUCUUUCCGAUCUGUGUUUGUCUUCCUCCUAUUGAUCGCUCUUCUACUCCGUGCUGGUCACUCAAAGACCCUAAAAAGAGACGUGAAAGCACUAAAUGAAAUAAAGGCGUCUCUUGGCUGGAGAGUCGUGUAUUCGUGGGUUGGAGAUGAUCCUUGUGGAGAUGGAGAUCUACCAGCAUGGUCUGGUGUCACAUGUACCGAUCAGGGAGAUUACAGGGUUGUGACAGAACUGGAGGUAUAUGCAGUUUCUAUUAUUGGACCUUUUCCUGUUGCUGUAACCAACCUUUUGGAUCUCACAAGAUUGGAUCUUCAUAACAACAAGCUGACUGGGUCAAUCCCUCCUCAGAUUGGACGGCUUAAGCGUCUGAGAAUAUUGAACCUGAGGUGGAAUAAAUUUCAAGAUGUUAUCCCUCCAGAGAUUGGCGAAUUGAAAAAAUUGCAAUAUCUGCAAUUGAGCUUCAACCAUUUCAAGGGAGAAAUUCCUAAGGAGCUUGCAAAUUUGCCUGACCUUCGCUAUCUCUACCUGCAGCAAAAUCGCCUUGUUGGGCGCAUUCCACCAGAACUGGGGAAUCUUCCCUACCUUAGGCAAUUAGAUGUUGGGAACAACCAUCUUGUAGGAACAAUAAGGGAGCUUAUACACAUAGAAGGCGGGUUUCCAUCUCUUCGUAACUUGUACCUGAAUAACAAUUAUUUGACUGGAGGAGUUCCUGCACAGCUUGCGAACUUGACAAAUUUGGAAAUUCUGUACCUCUCUUACAACAAGAUGACGGGGAUAGUUCCUGCAGACCUUGCCUCUAUUCCAAGAUUAACUUAUCUGUACCUGGAUCAUAAUAUGUUCACAGGAAGGAUUCCAGAUACCUUUUAUAAGCACCCCUUAUUGAAAGAACUGUACAUAGAAGGCAACCAAUUCAAGCCCGGCGUUCGAGGGAAAGGCAUGCAUAAGAUUCUCGAACUCUCAGACACUGAUUUUUUGGUUUAGUAACAUUACCUGUUACCUACGCUGGUCCACGUCAUGCCCAUCUUUGGCUGAAAAUCAAAGCCACAACGCGGGUUAUUAAGGACGAUCUCCACUAAGAAAAAUGGAAGCUGGGGAAUCCCUCUGCUCAGGGGUUCAUCUUUUUUGAGUUAUUUACUGUUGAUGCAUUGUAAUAUUUGUUAAGAUUAGAUUAAUAAGAUGUAUCAUUCGUAGUAUAUGCAUAAGACACAUAAUGUAUCUACGCUGAGGAUUUCUCAAAUAGGAAAAUUGAGUUCUAUACUGUCUUUAGAUGCUAA